GCAAAAGGCAAUAAAGCAAAUUCAAUUGUGACUGCGGUUGUCAAACAAUCUCUGCGUGGCGUGUGUGUGUGUGUGCAGUAUCGAAUUUUUCCCAUAACUACUGGCACUGACGACGGGCGUGGGGACAAAGAAUUUACAAACAAGGCCGAGACAGAGGACAAUUUUUGCUGUUUCACAGUCGAAAAGGAGAGGAAAGGAGCUGAACGGAACAGAACGGAACUCUGAGGGCCACAUUAAAAUGGCUUUGAAUGGCUUUGGUCGGCGUGUCAGUGCGUCUGUCCUUUUAAUCGCCUUGUCGCUGCUCAGCGGAGCGCUGAUCCUGCCCCCGGCUGCGGCGCAGCGUGACGAGAACUAUCCACCGCCGGGCAUCCUCAAAAUGGCCAAGCCCUUCCACGACUCGUGUGUGGAGAAAACGGGAGUCACCGAGGCUGCCAUCAAGGAGUUCAGUGACGGGGAGAUCCACGAGGACGAGAAGCUCAAGUGCUACAUGAACUGUCUGUUCCAUGAGUUUGAGGUGGUCGACGACAACGGGGACGUCCACCUGGAGAAGCUCUUUGCGACUGUGCCGCUACUUAUACGCGACAAGCUGAUGGACAUGUCCAAGGGUUGCAUUCAUCCCGAGGGAGAUACCUUGUGCCACAAGGCCUGGUGGUUCCACCAGUGCUGGAAGAAGGCCGAUCCCAAGCACUACUUCUUGCCUUGAACACCUGGAUGAUCCUGUUCUCUGAUUAACCCGUCGCCGGCCCCGCCCUAAAUGUAUUAUGAUUUAGUUUUUCAAUAGCUGUCGAGUAAUAAACGUAGCCGAGUUGUGCAUGCAA